AUGGCCAACGAGGGCAUCCGGGACACAGCCGGCAUCUGCGCAGCAGCAACCAGCAUGCUCACGGAGCUCAGGAACUGCAAAAGCACUAUCUCCACCUUUGGCUUCGGUGCUGAUCACAACGCGGAGAUGUUGUGUCGGUUGGCAGACACGGCUGAUGGCACCUACAGCCACGUGGAGACGGAGGACCAAAUUGCAGAAGCUGUCGGUGAAGCACUGGGAGGUCUGCUGUCAACGACGCACCAGAUGCCUGGAACUGCACUGAAAGCAACAAGACUGACGCACCUAGCAUGUUGGACAGCAGGGUGUUCUUUGUAA